UGAAAGCAUAGAGCUUGACCAUGAAAUAAGAAAUCUGAUAGAGAAGAGCAUGGCUUCACAACCACAUGAGAAGUCUGUUGCCCAAGGGAGUGCACUCAGCAAAAGAACUUCAUGUUCCCUCAAGACUUGCAGCAAAACUGAUGUCAGAGGUCAUCUUUUAUGGGCAGAGAUGAGCAUAAGCAGCAUGGAAAGUUCGGCACAGCAGUCCAAGUGUUUAUUGCUGACAAAAAAGAAGAGCACAUCCACAGAUACUCUUGAACAGCAGAUCAUUUCAUUGGAAAGACAGAGACAAGAGCUGCUGGAGGUGAACAAACAAUGGGAUCAACAAUUCAGGAGUAUGAAAAAACAAUAUGAAAGAAAGCUUGCAGAAGUGAAAGCAAAACUGGAUGCAUCACAGAAGAGAGUGCAUGAGCUGGAGGAAGAGCAGUACCAAAAUCAGCAAGAAUGUGAAGGGCUGAGAGGCCUGGCCAGAGACAAGUUCCUUCAGGAAGUGAAAGAGCAAGAAGUCCAGAAUGAAGCCUUGCAUGGAAUGAAGGAAGAGAACAAGCGUCUGAAAGAAAAAAAUGCUUCAAUGGCUAGAAAACAAGAGCACUAUGAAUGUGAAAUAAGUCGCCUUAAUAAGGCCCUACUGGAUGCAUUGCAAAAACAGUAUUCAUCCUUUCAUGUGCCUCAUUUGGAUAAGUCUGACAGAAACUGCAAACAUGAAGAGAUGAGAACUCAACUGGAAGUUCUCAGACAGCAGGUACAGAUAUAUGAAGAAGAUUUUAAAAAGGAGAGAUCGGACAGAGAAAGACUUAAUGAGGAAAAAGAAGCACUUCAAAAAAUUAAUGAGAGAUCACAGUCCCAGAUGAGCAAAUUAAAUUCUCAGAUGAAAGCAUGUGUGAAAGAAAAAGAACAACUAGAGAAACAGCUAAAACAACAGAGAAAAGUUCUUGCGGUACCAACUGAAAGGCGCUACAUCCAGCCUCAAGUGUUCCUUCCACCUUCUGCUAACUAUGGAAACUGUGGCUUAUGCCACCACUACCAAGACCCUUGGUUACACACAACAGUACGAGGCAUUCAUGAUCAGCAGCAGCACCCACCAGACUAUCAGUGGUAUGUUCCUGACCAGUUUCCGCCAGAUGUGCAGCACAAGGCAAAUGAUUCCUCCUCGAAGAAAGAAGUCCAUCACUGACAGCACGUGACCUAGAGAAGGGCAGACAACAGACCGAGAGCUAGCCUUGUGACUUCAUUAUUAAUUGUUUUUUUCCCCUCCAUCGCUUCUCUCUAGUGCCUGUUACCUAUACCUGGAAAAAUCUCUGGUGGUUAUGGAGAAGCAGAUCUUUCAUAGCCUGUGAUCCUCAGGAUCCAGUUAAACUGGAUGGGAAAAUAUUCCUCUUCUGAGGAAAGACACUAGCUAUCUUGGUUAUCAGAAAUUUAUUAAAAGUGGUUAUGGUAUGACAUGUAAGGUGACUGGGGAUUCAGAGAAAGUUGCAUUGGAUUUGACUACAAAACUUUAAGGACACUAAUGUCCUGGUCUAGUGUAAAAAUCCAGUUUAUUUGAUUCCUAAAAAUUACUUUAUGCCAUUGUGAGUUCUGCACUCAUUUCUAAGUCUGGAAUGCAUAUGAGUUCUCUAAUGAAAUGGAAGUCUGGCUUAUCAUUUCAACAGCCUUUGUAAGAUAAAUGAGGUGGCAUAGAUGGAAUAAUAGAGACUGAGCCUUCUUUCAUUUAAGUCAAGGCUAGCAUUCUUGUUGUUUCAAGCCUAGUGUAUAUGCAGAAUAUGAUUAUAAUAUUAUCUGUAUGUACAUAUACAUGUAAAUAGAAUAUUAAAGGAACUAUUUAAUGGAUUUAGAUUGACGAUGAAAACAGGUUUCUACUUCCAUGAGGGAUUUUUAUCAAUUAAUAAUUCUAAAUAUAACUGUUUGAUCUCGAAUCUGAGAAUAAAACUAAUGUAUCUAACUGAAAUCAUACUUACUGUAGUUUAUGUAUGAUACUGCAUGAUGCAACCUAUUUACAGGAUUAUCUCUUUCCCUUCAUAUUUUUAACAGGAAAAAUUUUACAGGGAUUCUACCACAGCUUGUUGGAAAUCUGCCUUGAAUCAGGGGCAUGGUUGGUAGUAAACUACAUCAAAUGUCCAAUGGAUGUACCUAGCCAGUCCUAUAUUUGUAAAGAUGAUUCUAAUAUCACACCUUUCCUAAAUUGGGCCAAGGCAAGCCUUUCAGGUGAACCUAUGCGCCUCUACAAUAUUAUGCAGCAUAAUUCCCACAUGAAUAACAAUCCAUUUCGAUUCCUGUUGUAUUACAAUAAUAAACAUAAAACUUUAAAUGUUAGCAGUAUUUCAACUUGGGCACAAUAGACAAAAAUGCAUGGGAAAGGACUUCUCUGCUAUUAAAUUUAUUCCUUGA